AUGUCCGGCUCCCGCUGCCGGACCCUGUACCCCUUCUCCGGGGAGCGGCACGGCCAGGGGCUGCGCUUUGCCGCCGGCGAGCUGAUCACGCUGCUGCAGGUCCCGGACGGAGGCUGGUGGGAAGGCGAGAAGGAGGACGGGCUCCGCGGCUGGUUCCCAGCCAGCUACGUGCAGCUGCUGGAGAAGCCUGGAAUGGUGCCCCCUCCGCCCGGAGAGGAAAGCCAGAGUGUGGUGCUGCCACCUGGCUGGCAGAGCUACUUGUCUCCCCAGGGCCGGCGCUACUAUGUCAACACGAGCACCAACGAGACCACCUGGGAGCGCCCCAGCAGUUCUCCUGGGAUUCCAGCCAGCCCCGGCACUCACAGGAGCGCUCUGCCUCCAACAGUGAAUGGAUACCAUGCAGCAGGGACCCCAGCGCAUCCUCCUGAGACUGCCCACAUGAGUGUCCGAAAAUCUACCGGUGAUCCCCAGAACCUGGGGUCCUCGUCACCAGGCAAAAAACAGAGCAAGGAAAACACCAUCACGAUAAACUGUGUGACGUUCCCUCACCCAGACACGAUGCCGGAGCAGCAGCUGCUGAAACCAACGGAGUGGAGCUAUUGCGACUAUUUCUGGGCUGAUAAGAAGGACCCCCAAGGCAACGGCACCGUGGCUGGGUUUGAACUACUGCUUCAGAAACAACUGAAGGGCAAACAGAUGCAGAAGGAAAUGUCAGAAUUCAUUCGGGAAAGGAUAAAGAUCGAAGAAGAAUAUGCGAAGAACUUGGCUAAGCUCUCUCAGAACUCCUUGGCCGCACAGGAGGAGGGCUCCCUGGGGGAAGCGUGGGCGCAGGUGAAGAAGAGCCUCGCGGACGAGGCAGAGGUCCACCUCAAGUUCUCCGCCAAGCUUCACAGCGAGGUAGAGAAGCCCCUGAUGAACUUCCGUGAGAACUUCAAGAAAGACAUGAAAAAGUGCGACCACCACAUUGCUGACCUCCGCAAGCAGCUUGCCAGCCGCUACGCUGCCGUGGAGAAGGCCCGGAAAGCACUCACAGAGCGGCAGAGAGACCUGGAGAUGAAGACCCAGCAGCUGGAGAUCAAGCUGAGCAACAAGACAGAGGAGGACAUCAAGAAGGCUCGGAGGAAGUCCACGCAGGCCGGAGAUGACCUCAUGCGCUGUGUGGACCUCUACAACCAGGCCCAGUCCAAGUGGUUUGAAGAGAUGGUGACCACCACGUUGGAGCUGGAGCGGCUGGAGGUGGAGAGGGUGGAGAUGAUCCGGCAACACCUGUGCCAGUACACACAGCUGCGGCAUGAGACAGACAUGUUCAACCAAAGCACAGUUGAGCCUGUGGACCAACUGCUUCGAAAAGUGGACCCAGCCAAAGACAGGGAGCUGUGGGUCAGAGAGCACAAGACGGGCAACAUCCGCCCUGUGGACAUGGAGAUAUAGAUGGGCACAUGCGGCCCCGGGGGUCCUGCCAAGGAGAGGGGCUGGGGGUCCCAUGGAGAAGAGGUGGUGGUUCCCACCAUGGGGCCUGCUGCCAAGUGGAGCGGACCUCCCACCCACUCUCCUGGUCCACUGAGGAGAGGGGAGGGUGUGGGCUGCAGCUAGCGAUUCCAGCAUGGUGGCCUGGAUGGCCUCAAUGGGUGGUCCCUAGUGUUCUCAGGCCAAGAAGAUGGAUCCAUGGCCCCGCCCUUGUCUCUAAGGCGGAAGACCCCCAACUCCCAUGCUGUGCUUGCCGUUUCAAGAACAAACUGAGGCUGGAACUUUGUGGUCCCUGCUGAGCACCGUAGGGGUGAUUUCCCCACCUAGAGCCAGCUGUGUCCCAUGCCUGUGUCCCUGGAAGCCCCAAGGUCCUUCCUCCAGCUGGCCCUCUUGUCUCCAGGGCUUUGGAGGGUCAGGGGAGGGAGGUCUCUGUCUCCAAGCUACGUGUCAGGAUCACAGUCGCGGAUAGAAUGGAUAGAAGGCACCGUUCAGCUCAACAGCCCACACUCCAAAUCUUCUGCAGCCCUCCCUAUUUCUUUUCCCCGUUGCAUUCUGGGAGUCCACAUCCUGGCUCUUGGCUGUCACCUGUCAUGAUCAAGAGUCCUGGGAAGAAGGCUUGGCUCCUGUCUUCCCAGACUGACCUUGCCUGGAGAGGUCAGGAUGGAACUACCUCAUUCAGCAAAUUCGCCCUCAGUCAGAGCGUUGAAUGGCGUUUCCUAGUAGAUCAGACAUCCUCUGUGAAGCUUCCGCUCUGAAAAUCCCAGGCCACCCCACCCUCAGAUGCUCUUCCUCCUGCCCCCACCCCCUUCCACUCUUCAAGGGGCUGGGUCAGCCCAUGUGGGAGAUGGGUUGAGGCAAGUCUUUGUCAUCCCCCAGAUGGUUCCACCUGCUUGUGCGUGGUGGCAUUGGGUUCACUGUCCCUUGUAUGGCUUUGUCUCAUUGGUGGUCACUGAACAGGCAUUGAAGACUAAAAUGGCCACAGUAGGUUGUCACCAACUAGGCAGUGUCCCACCACCGUGGCCUCUCAGCGACUUCGACACAUUCCAGAGCCCCACAUCAAGCCCCUGCUUGGUGCUGGUACCACCUUUCCCUUCAUCUCCCAAUUCCUAGAAAAAUCUGGUCAAAGUGUGACUUAGGAAGCUUUUAGGGCUGCCAUCGGGUCUGCUCAUUACUAUCCCCUUUUCCCAACCACAGCAAACAUAUUUUCCAUCAUAUUGAGUCUUGAGAAUCAGUUCAAAAGGACCAGAGGAAGAAAAGGGACCUGAAGGAGGACAUGCAGCCAGCAAGGGCAAGUUGUGGCCUGGGACCCACGCCCUGAGAACCAACCCAUCUUUCUUGUCCUCCCCGUCGAUUGCUUUGGACUUAUAGGACCCAUACAUUUCCCAAGCGUGCAGAAUUCUCAGAGCAUAACCAGCUGGUCUUUCAUUCUUACAUGCUAGUAUCUGAUGACUUGUUAAUCUUGAAUCUUUUGGUACUUCUUUCAUUGGGUCAGAAUCGCUCUCUCGUAGUUUAUGGUAGAAAGAUGCCCAAUAUACUAAAGCAAACCAAACUUUGUCACUUCUCCUAUUGAAGCAUCCCAACCGGAAAGGUCAACGUGAAGGCCUUCACCAGCAUGAAUCUGUCCCCUGCAUGGAGAACUACUCCUUCCGGACCUGGGAUUGGGCUGUGAUACCAGCCGCCAACUUCAGGGUAUCAGUUCUUAGUUUAUUAAAAACAGGUGCUAGUAGUAAUUGCUUAGUAAACUAGUUUGUGAUGUCCAAAUAUUCAAAGCCAAUAGCUCUGUUAUGAACACAUAUUUUGAGUGGUAUGCUCACUGAUUUUCUCAUUUGCCUCUGAGGGUUCCAGAGCCUUCUCUUACUCCCUGGGACAGAGGGAGCUCUCUUGCCUCUUCCAGGGUAGCCUGAGCUGGCCCAGCGUGUGCCAGUCUGUCUGAUGAAGUCAUUCUUUCCGCCCCAUCCCCUCGCCUCAGUCCUGUUGGCUUUUUCUGUUUUUCUUUCCUCCCCUAUUCAUUCAUCAAGCAUUUAGCUGAAGCCAAGCAGUGUGCUAAGUUCCGAGGAUAAGAUACGGGCUUGUUUUGUGUAGACAUCUUUUCUCCAGGGUCCUCGCGGGCCAGUCACCUUGGCAUUCAUACACAGGUACUCUCCGCAGCACUGGGGUUUUCGGAGACACUGCCUGUUGUGCUGACCUGCACCCACUCAUUCAUUCAGCAGGUACUUGGGACAGGCCAGGCGCUGCGCGGGUUACCAGCUGUGUGACUGCAUGCAAGCCGUCUCCCCGUCCCCUCUGUUCUCCAUGUAGCCCUUUCUGGAAAAGAACGUGUCACCUUCCACAUUUAACCCACGGCAGCCCGUAAUUAUAGUACAAACUGCCGCCACAUUGCAUUUACCCACUGGGUGGAAGGUGACAGCAACAGGGUUCGGUCACCUGGUUGCUGGACCGUCGCAGCCCAUGUGCAACGUGAACUUACAAGAUUUCUUUUAGUUUUAAAUAGGUAUAGGUCUCACUUUACAAAGAGGAGGAAUCCUAAGCAUGGCCAGUGAGUGCGGUGACAUGAACACAGUGAACUAAGCGGAGCUGGAGCAGACAGUCCAGCUCCCUGUCCUUGCCAGCGGGGCCCCUCCGGGUGAAGUCAAGAUCAGGGUGAAGUCCAGAGUAUCGCAGCAGCAAACACUCUCUCUGGGCUGUUGUUUUGCUUAUGUUCUGGCGUUUAGGUUGUAAGAGGAUUUGGCUGAGUUUAUUCAGAAUCGGUGAGUGAAUCUAGGUUCUUGAGCACAUCUAUUGUUUCAUUUCUGAGAAUAAGUGAGCCCCUCCCACCUGCCUCCUUUUUUUUUAAAAAAAAAUCUCAAUGACAAAUGGUGUUCAAAGUGUGCUGGUUGCCAUGACAACCUCCAGGAAAAGCCACUUGUUCCUCUUAUUUUUUUUUUGGUAGUAUUUUUUAUCAGUAUUGCAAAGCACUGCCAACUGAACCACAGGGAUGGCUGUCCUGAGGUUCUGCCAGCGGGACCACCCUGGGCCUCCUUUCUGCCUCCGCUGGGUGCCUGUGGGUGGGAGGAUUUCUGAGCUAGGAGGCACUUGUCUGCUUAUCGGGCUGGUUGACGACUGGAGCAGACAGAAACAGUGCACAUUCAUGAACCAGGGAUUUGUUCCCAUUCCCUUCAUGAAAACCAAUCAAUUACUAGAUUAGUGGCUGGGUACAUAAAAAUCUUGGCUGAGCCCAAGUCCCUUCUUGGAAAUGCAAGCCAUAAAAUUCAAAGGACGUCAGAGAUCUCGGCUUGUUGAAGUGAUUUUGCUUCCAGUUGUGAGUGGCCCUGGCAUGGAGAGUUUGCACAGGAUUCUGCAGACCUGCUGGUUAUUGUGUAGGUAGGAAAGCACUUUACAAACGUUAAGUGGGGUGCAGAUCGCAGUGUGUUACUCAGCCACGCCCAGUCUAUUCCCCUCAUCCUCCCCACCCCUGUAAGACACACUGCCUUUGCUUUCUCCAGGCUUAUUGAGGAAUUUGACGUACAGUAUUGAGGUUUAUUGACAUAAAGUGAAAUUCACCCUUUUGAACUAUAUGGUUCUGUGAAUUUUGACAACUUAUACAGCCUCAUAACCAUCUCCAAAAUCAACAUAGUAUUUCCAUCACUCCAAAAAUUCCCCCAGAGCCCCAUAGUCAAACUACUCCUUCUACCCCCCCAGCCCUUGGCAGCCACUGAUUGAUUUUUCUGGCCUUACAGUUUUGCCUUUUCUAGAAUAUUAUUGGGUCACCCAUGCUGUUGUGUGUCUGUAGUGUUUCAUUGCAUGGAUGUACCCCACGGCUUCCUUGCUCUUAAAAUGAGUUGUUUGCCCCAGAAGUUCCUGUUCUAGGGUCUUCAGCUUGUUUGCAUGGCCACUUCAGCCUGCUGCUUCCUGCAGCCCCCAAGGCUCCUCCAAAUGCCACCUGUGCCCACAGGUAGUUCUGGGGGCGCACACUUGCCUUUUUGAUUCAUGCUGGGAUUUGACAAUGCAGAAAGUUGCCAGGGAUUGGGUGAAGGGUGGUUGGGGUCUCAGUUGCCUUUCACUUCUGCUGUACCCUGAAGCUUGCACCUCAGCUAGCAGAUUCCCUCUCUCCUGGGGACCCUCAUAUCAGUCCUUGGUAUUUAUUGAGCAUUAGGGGCUGUGAAAGGCAAAUGGACGUAGCAUGGAUGAGAAGGCAGGGGGCUGGCCUUGGGUUCCUCACGACCCUUUCCUAGAUCUCUGCUUUAUCUGCAGACUGAGGGUAUUCUUCUAGAAGGUCUCUCAGGCUUUCUGCAGUUAUUGCACUCUGACUUCCCCCUUUUCAUACCUAAUCUGGGUCCCAUCAGUGCAGUAGUGCAUGGUGUUACCUAAAGUCCUCAUGAGGGGGGCACUCUGGCAUUUCUCCAUUUAGACAAAAAUGAAGCUAAAAUUACAUUUUGUGAGCUAUUGAGAAUGAAGUAAUUCCUCCUUAAGACCACCAAGGUGACAGCUCCUCCAAGCCAUGUCUUAAUCAUGCCUUGCUUAGUGACAGGUGAGCCCUGGAAGGCAACCAGGCACCUCUGCAAGCAAACUGAAAACACCUGAGUCCAGGCCAGGGCCAAGGAGCUAUGCUGCUGGGACGCUCUGGGCUGAAUUUUGCUAAGGACGACUUAUCAACCCCUCACACCCAUCCCCAGGAGAAUUAUUUUUGUCAGGCCUUUCCAGAAGGGGAGGGACCCAACUCCUAUUGCAGCAGGUUUGGGUGAGACUAAGACAGGUGACAAAAAAGCAAUGUUCCACUUUCCCUCGCCCUCUGGAUGCUGGAUCCAGGCUCUCGGGGCCCUUGUUGGGAAGUACCUCGGAAGGAGAGGGGCAGUGACCACCUUUGAGCUCUCUGUGCUGUUCAGGGCACAUUCAUCCUUUUUGUUUCAGGGAAAUUCUUAAUGGGAUUGCAAAGGGUCUGGCACAUGGAUGCUCUAAUGGGGACAGUGUGACACUGGGACAGAGAAGUCCCAGGGGCAAGAACACUGGACUGGGCCUACUCUACUGUCUCAUUUGCCCUGUAACCUGAAGUUGUCACAUCCCCUCCUGGGACCUCUGUGGACUCUUCUGUCAACUGAGACGCUCCCCUUCCAGCCUCAUAUGCAGCAGCAGACUGGCUCUUGGGAGCCACAGCCUCCAGGCAGCCAUGUGGACCCAGGGAGAGACAGUCAAAGGGACACCAGCCACCCUUGGUGAUGGGCCCCAAAUCCACACCUCUGCCCUACCCAUAGGAAGGAGGUAACUGGGCGGGAGGGGGCGCGGCCCUUUCAUAGACACGAGCACAUCAGCAAACCCUACGGAAGUGGACUUUUCUAACAAAAUAAACUUGCUUGUUUGGUCUGUUUUCUGUAACUUUUGCUAAAUACUUUAUACAUUUUUAAUGUUAUAAAGCUGUGUCUCCUGCCAGCAUUCCUCAUCCCAGUAUGAAUGUGUUUACUCCAAAUUGUAUAUCGUUCCACCCUCUGGCUGCCUAGAUCAGUAAAUAAAAUUGAUGUAAUAUAAUUUAUAAGUAACACUGUUGAAACUCUGAUCCCUAUGGGGGCUGCAAUCUGCCCACCCCUCCCACCCCUAUAAUAGCACUUGUGUGUAUUAAUGCUGAAGAAUUAAAUGUUUAAAGGGUUUAAAUUUUGAAGGCGUUGGCCAUAUAUAAUUGUCUGCACUAUUAUAAAGCGUUUUCAGGAAGUUAAAUGCUCUCCCAUUUUUUGUCCUCGGCUCUGUGUGUACACUUGAGAUGCUUAGAUUCACCCCAUGUGAAAUAAACUGUCCAGAGACGCUGGGUCCCGCUGGGUGACCCUCCUUCCUGGAGCACUGCCACUCUC